AUGCAGGAAGAUAUUCAACAAGUCAGUGGGCUUCUUGGUGGAGUUGGCUUGAACUUCGAUCCCGCUCUCCUUGCGGCUCUAAACAAGCACGACUUCAACUCUGAUUAUUUUGAUCCAGAAACAACCAAUAUUGGCACAAUCAAUGGCAUGCCGUUUGCGUCAGUUCUGAGCGAGGCCCAUGCUUCAUACGAAGGUGUUCCUUCCGAGCUUCAGUCAUUCAAAUAUGCUGCUGUGGGCGACAAGGGCGAUAUACAGUCGUUCGAUCUGGGUCAAACCAACUAUCCAGGCUCCGGUGCGUAUUACAAUAACGGAGGACAUUUGCAGGCUCAGAUAAUUCCGAACGAAUCUACUAUCUCAGGAGCCCACAUACCAGCGCACCGUCCGGUAGAGCAAACUGGACAAUGGGACGUCCCGCAAGCAUUUGAUCCUAUGUCAAAUGUACGACAAGCGGUUGUAUACAAGCCUUGGUGCGCACAAAACAUGCAACCGCUAGAGGCUACAUGCAACUUACCCAACCCUACAGCGCAGAAGCCUCAGCAGACACAUGCCUCAGUCGAGAUGUGGGCGCCAUCAUUUGACUUUGAACCAUACGAGACACACUGUCCGGUUCAGCAAGCGCAGAUGCAGUCACAAGGAAACAUGAUAUCAUCUCCUGAGGCAGGCCGAGCAGAAGGCUUCCUCUUCGACUCGCUCGAAGAAGCCAUAGCCGCUCACCCUUCACCCGCCUGGCGCUGUCCCACCAACGACCCAACGAUCCCCUCAACAGACCAAGACCGCGGGUCAUGGGUAAUACAACUCCUCUCCGCCAUGAGCAACACCAUCGACGUCUUCGACAGCCCAGGCGUAGCUUUCACAAAGCGCUGGUACCACCCCGUCACAGGCCCAUCGACUUACUACAGCGAAGAAGCCAAGGAGAUUGUUUGCUGGGACAUUGUCGACCUGGCGGAGCAGCUGCAUCGUAUCGGGCUCAAAGUUUUACAUUCCUUUGACAAGUUGUUCUGGGACGAAACAAACAAGACGCAGGCCUGGACGUUUCAGCAGCGUAUGCAGCAUAUUGUAUUAUUGCUGGAGUACUCAAAGGGUCGUUGUGAGUCGCUCCUUGCUAAUGAGACGCUGCAUGCGGUUGUGGGAUACCCGUCGGCGCUGCUUAGUGCUGCGAACAACAACGCAAAGUGUAAUAGGGGUCGUCAGGCAAUCUUGGAGGCGGGGCGUGUGGCUAAGAAGGUGAAGAUGGAGCGGUAG